GAUGAAGGAGAAGAUAGAGCAGAUGAACAGAGAGAUAUCAUCACUUUCAGACACAAUCAGAGCCAUAGAGGGGGAGCUGAAAGAUGAAGACAUCUCAUUCCUGCAGAACUUCAAGACCAUGAAGGAAAGAGCCCAGUGCACAAUGCCAGAUCCACAGCUGGUGUCAGGGGUGCUGAUAGACGUGGCCAAACACCUGGGCAACCUGAAGUUCAGAGUCUGGGAGAAGAUGCAGGGGAUCAUCAAACACACUCCUGUGAUUCUGGACCCCAACACUGCAUCCUCCUGGCUCUCUCUGUCUGAUGAUAUGACCAGUGUGAGUCAGACUGGCCCAAUGCAGCAGCUCCCUGACAACCCAGAGAGAUUCAUGAAGUACGCAACUGUUCUGGGCUCUGAGGGGUUCAGCUCAGGUAAACACAGCUGGGAGGUGGAGGUGGGGGACCAUCCUCUCUGGAUUAUGGGCGUGGCUAAAGAGUCAACUGACAGGAUGGGGAAGGUGAGUUCAUCACCAAAGUGUGGAAUCUGGGCUAUACGGCUGGAUAGUGGUAAGUAUGGUAAUGGAAGGGGAGAGACCCUCCUCCUAAAGAGGACACCCCAGAGGAUCAGAGUGCAGCUGGACUACGACCAGGGGGAGGUGUCCUUCUACAACUCCAAAGACAUGACACUCAUCUCCACUCUUAAAGACACAUUCACUGAGACUCUCUACCCAUACUUCUAUAUUGGACCAGCUGGUGAUGCCAAAAGCACUGCUGUACAGAUCUGCCAAUCAGAGGUGUCUCUGACAGUGAUGUCAUCCCAAUGAGGUUGUGUGUGUGUGUGUGUGUGUUUGUGUGUGUGUGUGACAGAGAGAGAGAAAGACAUGGGUCAACUAUACUAUACUAUACUAUACUUUUUCUUCUAAAUGUUCCUCAUCAGCAUCUUGCAGCCUUUUUCCACAAAUUCUCUGUCCCUCCCCAGGCUCACCAUCUAGUCAGUGAUGAACUAAUAUGGGCAGGGCCGUAACUACAUAUGAGGACACCUACAGCAGGUCCAGACCUCUGACAUGUUUUCUAAUGAAACACUCAGUCAAGGUCUCAACUUACUGUUGAGAGUUAGAAUAGUAGAAUACACAAGGUGACAUUUAAUAACUUCCUGUUGAGAG